CCGAGCCCGCUUUAUGAAUGGCCCGAACAUGGAGGAAAUUCCGUUUGAAAGAGUCCAGACCCGGAAGGAGGGUCACUGUCCGGCCGCCACCGGUACAACCAUCGCUGCCGUCGCGUGCGAGGACGAGUUCGACAGCAAAGAGCUCGAGACGCUCUUCCAAAACUACAACCUGAAGCUGGAGCAGACGGCGACGCUCAAAGCCCUCGCGGUGCUCAUCGUGGCCGCCUCGUCGCUCGCGCUGAUGGAGCUUCUGUCCGGUCCCCGGCUCACGGUGUCCAAGGGCUCUCACCCGGUGCACAGCGUAGUGUUCGUCUCUCUCUUUAUAGUCACCAACGUCAAGUACCUGCAAGUGACGCAGCUGCAGCAGAUCGCCAAGCUCGCGCUGCUUUUCAGCUUCACCUUCGCGCUACUCUGCUGCCCGUUCCCCCUCGCGCUUGGCGCCGCCGGCGUGGGGAAUCCCCCCGCACCGGAGCAAGGCGUUUGGCAGCUCAUGCUGGUCACUCUCGUGGCAUACGUGCUGCUCCCGGUGCGGACGCUGCUCGCGGUGCUGUUUGGUAUGAUGGUGGCCGUUUCCCACUUCAUCGUCACGGCGACAUCAGUCACGGCCAGAAAACACAAGCUCUGGAGACCGCUGGUGCCCAACGCUGUACUGUUCACCAGUGUCAACCUGUCUGGAGUCUUUGUCAGGGUGCUGACUGAGCGCUGCUCAAAGGAAGGUCUUUCUGCAGGCUAGGAGCUGCAUAGAGGAAAGGCUACGACUAGAGGAUGAGAA